AUGGAGAGCAAGCUGGAAGUUACUCAAAACCCUCCAAACCAAAGUCCAAAAAAAAGAUUAAGCCAUGUGUCAUCACGGCGACAACACACAGUGUUGCCGUAUGUGCAACAUGUGCGCUGGAGCGUGGAAACAGAGAAAGUGUACCAUCCAAUGUGUGUACACCUACAGGGAGUUGAGGGAAUCUUUCCUCCCCAAUGUACAGCUGGGCCACAGAAUGAGACCAAAACAGUGGAAUACCAGCUGAGUGUGGGCCUCUAUGACCUGAACUUUCGUCAUUUCUUCGGUCGACAAUGGGUCGGGCCAUUUGCCUCUAUGAAUGCAAACCAAAAGAAGCCAAAGCUGAAAUACAACCAGAAUGUAUACUUCCACACAUCCCUUGGCAAUGCCAGUAUUGCUGGUGUAGUAGAAGUUGUUGCUACAGUGAGAGAGGAAGAUGGCAAACAGAAGAAGUUUUCCUGUGGCUGGGGCCUCAUCCAUGUCUUCAAGUCCAACGAGGACCUUCCUGACUUUGGACGAGCUUCAAACCUUCCAGUGCAGAAAAUCCAGAUGUAUUAUGGGACACCACGAGCUCUACUUUUUAUGGAGGAACCAAUUGAAAGUAACAGUAUGCUGAAGCCCAUCCCAGACUGUAUGUUGUCCUACACGCUCGGAACACACAAGGCCCUGCUGGACGUCAUGAACCUUAUACCAGAAAAUGUUAUCAUUGGUAGCAAUGAUAUGGUCCCAGGUCUCCAGGAGAGUCAGACUCCAGGCAAGGACCAGCUAAAGAAGCCCAGAUCAGUGCGAAAGAUAGGCUGCCAGUUGGAGCAUGUGAAUAUUCAACUCCAUCCUACUGUGGAUAAGUUUGAAGAGGAGCUAUCGGAACUAUUACACAAAGACCGCAUAGAACGGGACGGGCGUACCACAUCUGGUACACAAGUCACAAUCGUGGAGAGGAGAUUACUGGUUGGCAUCCACAAUGGCUGGGGCUUCCUGGACAAGCCGCAGAUAUUACAUCUGGAUCUUCACACUGACAAGUCCAAAUCUCUGAAACCUACAGCUAGUCCAAGUGUCCGUCGCAGCAAGAAGUUUCAGCAAUCUAGUCAGAAGGCUGAUGACAGCGGAAUGACAUUCCUUACGAUGCCAAACAAGAUACAGCUAGGAGACCUACUGGAGGAUCCCAUGGUAGCCAUUACAUUUACCCUGGAGUACGUCAUAGGGGAACCUCUCUCAGAGGAAGACAGAAAGGUUUCCAGCCGUGUAGCCAGAGGAAACACACGUACCGUCUCAAUACGUUGGGCAGCAUGGAACCCAUUUUUAGCUCAAAGCUCAUAUGAAAUCAGAUUGGCAUUAAAUGGAGGACCAAGUCCUGCCCCUGAUGAGGAAUUCAUCUACAAACUGCCAGACACCAAGAUGCAGCAUGAGAACGUCAGUAAAACUGCUGGAGGAAUCCUGGCGUUCUCUUUCUCCUUCCAAGAUCAGGAGGGAGUUUACAGUGGUAUGCCGAAUUCUGCCAUGCUCGGUCCAGGGGGUAUGAUGUCUGAUGGCUUGAUGCCAGGGAUGAGUGGCAUGAUGCCCGCAGGUAGUGGGUACAUGCCAGGGUCCAUGGCCUCGGUUCAGAGUGGUGAUGGAAGUGAGAUGUUGGACUCGGGCAUCAGGAAACCUCCCUCUGGCAGGACUCCAAGAACUCCGGGUAGUGGCCCAAUGUCACUACAGGUGCCACAGAUGAUGCAACAGGGUGGCAUGAGCCACCAGCAACAGAUGAUGCAACAGCAACAACAGCAGAUGAUGAUGCAACAAGGAAUGGGCCCCCAGGGUGUGAUGUCAACCCCCCAGAUGUUCCCUCCCGGGGCUCAGGGCUAUAUGUUCCCUCAGGGCAUGCCACAACAGUCCAUGUAUGGUCCACAGCAGGGUCUCUAUGGAAUGGAAAUCUCACACAUGUCCGCAAGCAGUCGACAGGUGGGGAUGUCCACAGAGAUGAAUGAACUGCCUUUCACCCCUGUCCAUGCCCCCAUAGUGGUACAGCCCCAUGCUAAUGUUGGCGCCCAGGGAUUGUCAAGAGCAGCGUAUGCCCGACUCUUCAAUGCAGGAUUCCAGCCGAUAUUGGACAGAAACAGUGAACCACCUGAAGUCAUUGAUCCAAGACAGGAUCGUAGACUUGACCUCACUAAGGAGAACGCUGACCCUCUACAGUGUAAUGAAAUUGUCUUCCAAUUUCUGGCGUUUUCCAAAAUGAUGGCAUUUGAAGCCACAGGACCUAAGACUGAAACAAGUACUGUGUUCUUCACAUUCCAGUUCUACCGAUGUCCUCAGGUCACAACAGAGAGAAUGAUGCUGGCCAAACCUGAAAAUGAAUUAUCAUCUGAUCGUUACUCAGUGCCAUACAUCCUUCAGAGAAUUGAAUCCAAGGGAACUAUAUCUCAGAGUCCCCCAGGCAUGGAGGUGCGAUAUCACAUGGACCCAGCUUGCAUGAAGCCUGGUGAGAAUACCUUAUUCCUGAAACACCUCUCCCAGCAGGUCCUACAUAUAGAUGUUUGGGAUGGAGACACACUUCUACUCAUGGGAUCAUGUGCCGUGCAGCUUAAGUAUUUGUGUCGAUGUGGAAGUGAAGCUGUACAGACGACUUUUGAACUUGACGUCAUAACAACUGAGUAUGAAAACGAUCCAAAUUUAGUCAACAGCAAUAUUAACCAUGUUGGCGGAAUUCAACCAAUUGGAGUGAAAACCUCCCUUAAAGGCAAACUUCACCUCCGAAUGGCAAACAUUGGACAAAAAACAGAUCCCAAGUCAACAUUAGCAGAUCAAUUGAAACCAAUAAACUCCCUGUUAACUCAUGUUGGAGGCAAGAAAACACAGACGAUCCCGACAGUGAAAAACCCACGGGUUAUGUCCCAGACAGCAGGCAACAGUUCGUAUCCAGGUGGCCGACUCACGGGUUCAUUCUCUACCUCUAGCACUACUCCUGGUAUGUCCCAGUGGAAGAAGAUAGCUCGAGCGAAACACUUGGCCGACACAAAUCAGGAAGUACAGGCUAUGCUGACGUCACAUAAAGACCAGGUGGUACCAGAGAAGGACACAAACCGUGAGGGAGAUUCUGAGAGGAACAGGAAGUUGUCCCGUAUCCACGCUGUUCGCCAAGCUCAGGGCAUCGACAACAAAGUUAACACAAUAAUGAGUUACAAAACAGAAAAGUCAGAACGUAUGAGAGACUACAAGACAAUGGAGAUCUACCGUCUACAGACCAAGAAAGAUGGAAUCAUGAAUAUGUUGAGCCAGACUAUAUCUACUACCUACACACUACAUCCAUCCUUUGGCACUGCCGAGUUCUUUGAAUAUGUCUUCAAAAAUCCAUUCAAUGUGCAGCAAACCGUAGUUGUUGAAUUUGAGGAUAAAGAAUUAAAUGUUGUGACAGAUCCGAGAGAGUGGCGCUAUUUUAAGAAGUUGUAUGAACUGCAGGGUGAGGUUGAAGAGGGCAUGUUUAACAAACAAAGCAAGUCACACCACGUGGAGAUCUUCUUACGACCGAAGGAGACUGUACAGAUUCCUUUUAAAUACCUGACAUUCUCAGCGGACGAAAGUGUACAACCACAGGGGCCUGUGGAUCCAUUCAAACAGAGGAGUGAGGAUGAUGAAGACAUCAAGAAACCUCCCACACAGACAAUGAAUGAGAAAGAUAUUAAGGUUUUCUUUAAGAGUGAGGAUGGUAAGCCAGUGUCUAUCCUACAUGUAAAGGUGGAGCCCCAGCCUCACAUCAUUGACCAGACUUUCAGGUUCUACCAUCCAGAACAGUCCUUCCUAAAGAAGUCUAUUCGCAUGCCACCUUUCCAGUCUUUACCAGGUGCUCCCAUUGGUGGACCAGGCCUGAAUCAGGUGUUUGUUAGGUGCAGCAACAGUCAUGUGAUCUGUGACAGCAAGAGUACACAGCCCGGGGAGCCUACAGAUGUCUUUUUAAAGGUGGCCAUGGGUCCAUCUCCACAGAGUAAAAGGUUCUUUGUGGCGAUGUAUUUUGAUCCAUUCAUGACACGACCAGUACAGAUAUGGCAGUUUUAUGUACACGCCUUACAGCGUGUAGACGUGGCAUGUGUAGAAGGCCAGACUAGCCGCUUUGAUCUUCUCCUGAGAGGAACACAAGCUUCACGCUUGGUUCGUUGUUACUCGUCACACCCCAAUGAAAUGCAGAUGCACCCUAGUGAUCAGUUUAUGCUGACAGCUGGAGCUGUCCAUGAGCUGACUGUCGCUGUUCGACCAAUGAAAGCAGGCAACAAAUUCUUCUAUAUAAACGUUGUGGAUGUGGAAUACCAUCAGCUUAUACGCUCGUGGCUGGUAUGUGUGAGUUGUCGCGCCCCAAUGGUUUCCCGGUCCUUCGAUGUUGUUCUCCCUAUGGGCGGUGGAAAGGGAUGCAGCAAGCGAAUCCCAUAUACAAAUCCUUACCCACACAAAAAGGUGUUUAACCUUCUCAACAACCGCGAGGACCUGUUACAGUUCCGGGAGUCAAGGCUCGAGAUUGAGGGCGGAGAGACUCAGACUAUCGGGUUACGGUUUACACCUGUCACCAAGCCUGGUAGUGUAGAAGUUAUGGUCUUUAUCAAUGACGAAGACGAUAAAAAUGAGGAGACUUUCAAAAUUAUGGCCACUUAUCAGUAGUGCUAGAUGUUGUUAGAUUUUGUAGUGGGCAAUCCCCUAUCUUGAUAACAAUGUAAUUUCUUAUACACAACUUAAGUCAUGAACCGUGUUGUUUUUGUUAGCAUUGUAAACUAUAUUAAUGAGACUUUAUUAAAAAACAUUUCUGAAGACAUUAUGAAAGAAUAUUUAACAUCUAACAUUGUGUCUGCAAUGAUGGAUGGACUAACUGAAUGAAAUAUAGU